CCAGCGGCAGCCCUCCACCCGCCAUGCUCACCGCACCCGACCUCCCGACGCUCGACCCGCUCCCCUCAGCCGCCGUCGACCCGCCCGUCCGCAAGAUCUAUGCGCAGCCCGACCUCGAGCACUGGCUUCGCUCGGACGCGUACGACUCGAUCGACCGCUUCAUCCAGCGCCUCAGGGUCGCGAGCACCCACCCGGUCUCCGAGCCUCUCUCCAAGGCCGUUCAGCAUGUCGUCCACCUCCUCGGCGAGGCCGCCUCGUGGAUCCAGGAGCCCGACGCGAGCGCCACCCCAACCUCGAGCCGCACGGCCUUUGUCGCCUGGCUCGACCGACUCGAACACGCCGCCGCCGACCUGCACCGCACGCUCGUCGUCGACCCGAACCACGCCAUCGCCCUCCCCGAGCUGCGCGCCCACCUCGUCGCCGCGUUCGGCUCGCCGCAGCGCCUCGACUACGGCACCGGGCACGAGCUGUCGUUCCUCGCCUACCUCCUCGUCCUGCGCCGCGUCGGCCUCGUCUCGGCCGCCGACGAGCCUGCCCUCACACGCCGUGUCUUUGCCGACUACAAGACCUUGAUCCGCAAGGUGCAGGGCGGGUUCAAGCUCGAGCCGGCGGGCAAGCUCGGCGUGUGGGGGCUCGACGAGCACGGCCACCUCGUGUACCACUUUGGCGCGUCCCAAGCUCGCAUCCACCCGUCCAAGCGUCCGGCCUCGCUCCUCUCGCCGCCCAACGCCUCGCCGAACCGCAUCGCCUACCUCUUCCUCACGACCCUCCUCCACUUGCACGACGACCCGUCCCGUCCCGCGUCGACCUCGACCGACGACGAGGACGCCGGCCUCCUGCGCCUGUACCGCGCCGAGGUCCUCGACCGCCUCCCCGUCGUGCAGCACCUGCGCUUCGGCGCCGUCCUGCGCUGGAUCGACGCGAGCAACGGGGCCAAGCUCCCGAGCACGGGCGACGGCCUCGACCCGGCGGCGCAGCUCGCGCUCGACGACGUCCUCGACCAGCGCGUGCGCGACUCGGGCACGGUCGCGCCCUGGGCGCUCCCGGCCCUCUCGGGCGAGGUGCCCGCCGGCGAGAUGCUCGAGCGCCUGCCGAGCCCGCCCGGGUCGGCGACGGGCACGUCGAGCCCGAGCCGCAGCCCGGGGAGGAGGGCGAGUCCGGCACUCGGACCGCCGCCGCCGCCGCCCGUGUCGUACCCGCAAGGGGGUCUGCUCGGCUCGAGGCGCGCGUCGAGGCUCAGCAUCAGUGCGUCGUUCGAUGACGAGGGCGAGGAUGAGGGGCGCGAGGAGGCGAGGCAGGGCGAGCGCGAGCGCGGAGAAGAGGCUUGAGCGGGGGCGGUCGACGGCGCGCGCGCAUAGCUUGGUCGUGGUCUCUCUCUCUCUCUCUGUACGUGUCGUCGCUGCAACUCGCAUCUCUAGCUGUUCCUCGGCG